AAGCUUCACAUAUGGCGAACUUAAGUGUACCCUCCAAGGUUGGCAAACACCCCAACCAAACUACUUCAAAGCAACUCACUAAUGUCAAUAAAAAGGUGUUCUUCGAUAUCAGCAUCAAUAAUAAAAAUGCUGGGAGAAUUCUGAUGGAGCUCUAUACCGAUACGGUUCCUAAAACAGCGGAAAACUUUCGAGCGUUAUGCACUGGAGAAAAGGGUAAAGGAAGAAGUGGCAAGCCGCUUCACUUCAAGAAUUCCAUAUUUCACCGUGUUAUACCUGGGUUUAUGAUCCAAGGUGGCGAUCUUACACGCGGCAAUGGUUCAGGUGGAGAGUCGAUAUAUGGCACGACAUUUCGAGAUGAAACUUUUGCUGGGAAGGCUGGUAAGCACACAGGGUUGGGUUGCCUUUCUAUGGCCAAUUCAGGUCCGAAUACGAAUGGGUCUCAGUUCUUUAUCUGUACCGCUCCGACGCCUUGGCUAAAUGGCAAACAUGUUGUCUUUGGUAGGGUUGUAGAGGGUAUUGACAUUGUCAAAAGUAUUGAACGCCUUGGAUCUGAGUCAGGGCGUACACGCUCCCGUAUCGCUAUCGCGAACUGUGGCGAAAUAAAGCCAGAUGCCAAAACCUUUGAGGAGACAUCCCCUCGUGAAGAGAUUGUUAAGAAGAAAAAGUUGCCUAAGGAGCAAAAAUCUAAUGAAGGUGUGUCUACCCUGGUAGAAAAUAAGAAAAAAUUAGAGCCACUUGGGGAUAAGGGGAAAGCAUCUUCGAUAAAAAUUACAGAUGCUAAAGAUAUCAGUAAAGAGCCUGCUCAAGGUUCUAAAAAAAGACCUAGGGAUGACAAAGAAAAUGAGCGUCAUGAAAGCAUCCGUGCCAAAAAGGCAAAGAUUGCUCAACUUCGAGCUGAACUGGACUCUAUGUCUGCAUAAAAUGUUCUUCUCCAAGGUUAUUCCGUUUAAUACAAUAAUAUAUUAAUAUAACCCUUAUUUUCAUUCGACAAGUAAUGGGUAUUUCAUAAUUAAUCCUUAU